AUGAAUUUCACACUUUCUCCCACGCCCUCGUCCGUCUCGAAACCAGGCUCUCCGCCAGACAACCCUGCGAGGAUCACUGGAUGGUCAGCCUACCUUGCCUGCCCCGGUCCGACGGGGGCUGAACAGGCUCUGAGCGCCACCCACUCACAAUGCCCAGAGAUAAGACCACGUCGGAUUGGUUCCAUCAAAAAGUUGCGAAUGAUUGGGAUGAGCAAGGAUGACUGGUCCUAUAACCAACAUCUUCCAUGCAACUACUGCAACCUCGAACGCGCCAGGAAUCGCUGGGGUCCGGCAUCCAGCUUCCCGAUCGUCCCAAGACAGGCCGACCUGUCUGUCUGUCAGUCAUCUGUGUCACUCGACGGGCACUAG